AUGGUUUCCACCACAGAAGUCGGGGAUGAAGAGCAAGAGGCGUGCAAGGUAGUGUUCGCAUAGCGUUAACAAAGUGUUCAAGGUGUGCGGCGACAAACCGAUCGGAUUUAAUUUUGGUGUGGUCAGCUGCGACUCCUGUCGCUCCUUCUUCCGGCGAUGCAACGGCGCGGAAAAGGUAGGCAAAGCGACUGUUUUUAUAAGCGUAUCCCGACUUUUUGGGUCGACGAUAGCAUGAGUCAACACAAACUCGAUCGAUACGGGGCAUAGGACAGGUGGAUACCUAAUUUCCUAUCAUUUUUAGACACUCAAAUGUCCGUUUCAACGGAACUGCGUGAUAAACAAAGAAUCCAGAAGAUGCUGUCAAGCCUGUAGACUGCAGAAAUGCUACUCGGUAAGUUCAAGCAACCUUUGUUCGAACACCUUUUAGGUCGGCAUGUUCUACGAGGAGAAUGCGCGAAAACGACCGUAUCGGAAGAGCUCCGGGAAAUCAUCGGUGGCCUUAAAGUCCCCAAAGAAAUCACCGCUUACGCCGGUCGAAAUGCCCGUCUCCCCACCGAAACAUUGCCUAUGCCGAUGUCAAUGUGGCUUCUAUCCGAGUGACGCCAGAUUGGUCGCAGUUUCAGACGUCGGAAAAGGUCAUGGUGCAGCAGAAGUGGCUUGUUCGAAAGAGUUUUUAAUGGUCGAUCAGCAACUUCUAGUUAAUGCAAACUCGCCGAUGGGUCACGUACCCUCAAGGUGGGAAAUUUUGUAUGUCACUCUCUCAGGAAAAUAAUGUGGAUUUGUCGCAGUAAAAUUUCUCGCCUCGUCGCAGUAGCUUGCAAAACCUCAAGCCUCAGCUAGCUGCCUCAAAGCGAUGAGGGGCGAUUCCAACGCAUGGGAAAUCCACAUUAUUUUCCCGACAGACUGAUGGUUUAAAAAAAGCCACUGCAUUAAAAAAAAGCUCCGCAAUAUUUAAAUUCCAGCAUUGACUUCCCUCCUCAACUUCCUGGAACAUCGUUUCAAACCGUCGACAUUCCCAAGCCCCACAUUCAAACACCAUGUUAUUCAAGCGACCUGCGCAAAACGUUGGAGUUGAAAUAUCAGCCAGUGGAGGCCGAAGCUUCAAUAUUGGGACUACCUCAAAAUUAUCCCAGUGUCAUCCAGAAUAGUCCGUACUUCUCCGCCCUACCGCAGAUCUAUGCCAAUGCCGCUUGGCCGUAUCAAGGAAGCGAUCUUCAGCCGACGUUCAGGUACAGUGGCGGACUUGAUCCAGUGGCAAAAAACGUGCCAUUUUGCAUCCGGGAAGUAUCAAAAAAUGUGGCAAAAAACCUCCCUUUCCAGGUGAAAAAACUCCGAUUUCAACAGCGCGCCAGCUCCUUUUUUAAGGGAAAAGGCGCGCCCUUCAAAACGAAGUUUUUUCACUUGGAGAGGGAAGCAUUUUGCCACAUUUUUUGAUACAUUCCGGAUGCAAAAUGGUACGUUUUUUGCCACUGGACCACUGGAUCAGUUCUCACUGUAAUUCAACUUUAGCUAUCCCUCUCCCGCCAUUCCGCCGUCCAAUUUGUUGGAGAUUAUUGAGGCCGAGAAUGCGUUGAAUGAUGUUGCUCUUGACGACGAGAACCGUUCAUUGAUGGACGAACUCAUUGAUGCUAACGGUAUUCUCAAAGCGCCUAUGGAGCUGUCGAUUCAGGAGCUGGAGAACCCAAACGAACUGUCCUUGAUGACGGUGGUCAAGAUCAGCGAUUUGGCAAUGAGAAGGAUCAUUGCGAUGGUCAAGAAACUGAGGUUAUUCCGAGAUAUUGAGCAUGCCGAUCAGAUCGCGCUGCUAAAAGGUGAGCCGUUGUGAAAUAUUGCGAAAUUAGGACUUCAGUGAUUCGUAGAAAUGAAAGUUAACUACAACGUAUAGGUUGAUAAAAACCCUUUUAGGUGGUUUAUCCGAGCUCCUAAUCCUGCGCGGUGUGAUGGUAUUUGAUCCGCACAAGAACGCGUGGAUCCAUCAUAUUCACUCGGGAAGUCAGGAGAUCAGCCUUCGCGUGGACGUGCUGAAGAAAAGCCCGGAGGAAGAGCACUACCGCGCACACACUCGAUUCCUCACCUCCUUCGACGAGGAGUGGCGGACGAAUGAGCCAGUGAUGCUGAUUCUGAAUGGAAUUAUCUUGUUCUCGCCCGAUCGCCCGAAUCUGAGGUAUGAUGUGACCAUUUGACUUUUGGAUUAACAUAUACAUAUUUAGUAUCUGUGUAAUUCUCCCAAAAGCAUUCAAGAUAAUUUAUAACACUUGGCCACUUUUAGUAAUUCAACUUUUGACGUAAAAAUCUCGGCCGUUUCUGUAAUCCGCGAGCUAGAAUUCCUUCACAGGUCUUGGAAAAAUUUAAUCCAUACUUGUGCCAAUUUUCAUCAAAAUCUAAACGUCGCACUUCGAGAACUUACCCUGUAACGUCAUUUCAGGAACCCGCAAGCCGUCACACGGACAAGAGAACGCUAUCACAAUCUCCUUCGCAACUAUCUACGCAAUUAUUGCUCAAACGACGCCGCCAGCUUAGAUGCCUACACCAAGCUGACCGUUAAGCUGGAUGAGUUGAAAGAGCUGAACCGGUCCCUUCAACGCAUCUACAGCCGAUUAAAUCCCGAUGACUUGGAGCCUCUGCUGAAGGAACUCUUUGCCUCCACCGCUUGA